AUGGAGACAUUUAAACACAAGAUUGGUGCCAUCUUCAGACCUCGCCGACCUGAAGCACCAAAACCAACAUCUGCACAAACCCCAUUCGUUACAACCAUCGUUGUCGGAGGAGAAAAUCCAAGCAUCUCUACGACUACGCCAUCAUCACAACAAGGCAAUGACAUUAACGGACAAAGCGAGGGAGGAUCAUCAUCAUCGUCCUCUGCUAUCUCCACUGCGGUCAACGGAGAGCCAACUACGGAGGCAGAUCUGGCUGAACCUCCAGCAUACUCUGCUAAUAGACAACGUGUCUUUCAAUAUCAAGUCACGCUAGCGUAUACUCCCCGUGAACCAGAUGAAUUGCUGCUCAACUUGGGAGACAUCAUCAUUGUGAACGAGACCUUUGUUGAUGGCUGGGCUCAUGGAUACUCGCAAUCUGCUGAUCAAUAUGGAAUGGUGCCAAUGGCAGCAUUGGAAGCAGUGGUUGGUCAAACAGUGGCCGAGACUCAGUCAAGCACAGCCCGGUCAUCUGGCAUAACGAAAGAGCCAAUAUCGGUGGCCAGUAGUUCGAACUCCAAUCCAAUGGAUUCCAGUAGCCAAGAUCUAUCUACCUUGAAGGCAUGGCUCACUCCAACCGAUUUUAGACUGACGACGUUUACGCUAAAGGAGAAGAGACUCGAAUCUACUCGAGGCUGGCUCUUGGAUGAGUUGACGGAAUGGAAGGACAGUGUGGACCAGCCACGUGUAUACUGGCUCUCUGGUGUAGCAGGAGUGGGGAAAUCAGUAGUCGCUGGCUCCUUCGCUGAUAAACUCCAACAAAGAAAUCAAUUGGCAGCCCACUUCUUUUGUAAAUUUGACGAAAUCGCUCGUAAUGACCCGCUACGUGUACUUGCCACAUGGGCAUUUCAGCUGGCGUCUUUUGAUCCUGAUAUGAAACAGGUGCUUAAAGAGCUACAUGAAGCCGAACCGAACUUUUUGAUCAAUGCGUCGUCGAUUGGCCUUCAAUUCAACCAACUUAUAGCUAAACCAUUAUCUAAAUACCGUGGUGAUAAAGCUGUUAUACUGCUAGACGCACUGGAUGAAUGUGCUGUAGAAGGAAGCAAGCUUCGGCGAGAGUUUCUACAAACACUUGGAAGACAAUUUGCACUCCUCCCCAAAAAUAUUUCCGUAUUUGUAACCAGUCGGCCAAUACAUGAUCUACGAAAGCAAUUGUCGGACUAUAAACCACGAAUGAUGACCCUAGAAGCCACCGAAAAUCUGAAUGACAUAAAACUAUAUGCAACGUACCGGAUGAACCGUCUGCGUCAUGUUUUGGAAUCGGCUGCUAGUGUUGACUCUCUUGCCGAUAAAUUAGCUGCAAUGGCUCAUGGACUCUUUGUAUGGUUGUAUCUUGCUUGUGAUGAAAUGGAUAGGUCCAACGAUCCCAGCGAAACCAUUGCCGAGCUGGAAGAACGAACUCUUGGAAAUGAUGAAGAUCGAAUGGACACCAUAUAUUCUAGAGCAUUGGUUUCUGGCUUUAAAGGAGUCCCACAAUCAGCAAUACAGCUGUAUACCAAACUAGCUGGAGCGCUGGUUGCACUUCGAACGCCAAUGUCAAUCGAUCAAAUGUCUUCCUUAUUAGACAUUCCGUCAAUUCCAAUCAAACUCAAUGUAGCUCGAAUAGAAUCGUUGCUCAUAAUGUCGAAAUCGUCCGUACAGCUGAUGCACAAGUCGGUUGCCGAUUUUAUUACUUCGAGCACCCGUUGUAAUGGAGAGGCCUCGCCAUUUUAUAUAGAUAGACAGCUGGCUGAGUCAUAUAUUGCCAGAAUGUGUCUGCUUGCUCUGCCAUCGACUUUGAGAUUAGCAAGCAUUCCCGGGCAAAUAGAACCGCUUCGAGGAAUUGUGGCUCCCGCUACUCCUACGCACAUUAGCUAUGCUCUCUCUCAUUGGGCAGAUCAUCUAGAUGGUAUUCAGGAGCUAGACAAGGAGUUGACUACCACUCUAGUUGGUGCACUCCAAAACUAUGGUAGUGCAAUGCUGAUCGUAGCCGUAUUGAAAAAUCUCCCUCGUGCGAUUACUCAUAUAUUAAAAGUCGGUGGCGGCCCAAGUCUAUUGAAUGCUGCGGAAGCUGUCAAAUUCUUCAAAUCAACCAUUUUGGUGGAGGCUAUCGUAUCCGACAAUGAAGGUAUCGUUGAGGCUCUUUUGGCGUAUGGUGGUGCUCCAGUGAACGGGAAAGAAGGCGACAAUCUCACUCCCAUGCAAGCGUGCAUCUUAUCUACCUCGUCCAAUUCUCUCGGUGUGCUUUGUCGUUACGGAGUCGACUUGGAGGGCAAAACUGAUGUGACUGAAGCUUACAGGUCUCACAACUAUGAUUCAGUAUCGACGGGUGCCAUCAACCUUCAAGUUGGUCUUGAACGUGCCCGUCGUAGAGUCAAAUUGGAAGAAUCACAUAUGGAUGAACUUAUGAAUGCUGCAAGACUGGACAAUUUUGGAGAGUUCAAACAAGUGCUACUUGCAAACCCGUCGAUUGAUAUAAACCAAAAAUAUCCAGAAUGCGGCAACAAGACUCUGUUGCUCGUGGCGUGUCAGUAUGGAUCUAUCGAUAUAGUCACGUAUUUAUUGAGCCUUGCAGCAAAUCCCAAUUUGGUCGACGACCAAAAUCGCAGUCCACUUCACCAUGCCUGCUCCUUUGGCUCUCUCGAUACUGUAAAAGCUCUAAUUAUGGCUGGAGCUUUGGUAGACGCCGAAGGAAUAGACUAUAGAGACGCAUUCUGGAACACCACGUGUGUCAGGCCUAUCGACCUGGCUUGUGAAAAGGGUCAUAUACAUAUAGUUAGGUGGUUGCUUGACAGUGGAGUGAGUCCUUCCGCACUCGGGGAAGGGAAGGUGCAUCCGCUCGGUUAUGCGGCGAUAGGAGAUUCUGUUGAAGUCAUCCAGCUACUUUUAUCAAAAGGAGUGGAUGUAGACUGUAUGAGUAAAAUCUCUGGCAGCUCUGGUACCUCCCUCUUUGGUGCUGCCAUGCUUGGAGCUGAGAAUAGCGUUGCGUAUCUUAUCAAUGUCGGGGCUGACGCCGAACGUGCCGCAGAGUCGGAGGGAAUGGAAGCAGAUGGUAUUCGAACUCCAAAUCUAACCCCAUUAGAUAUCGCCUGGAUACGAGGAUAUUCAAAUGUAGUUGCUCUGUUACUCCCGAGAUACCCUCCGUGUAGAGAUAGGAGAGUCAACUUGGAGUUGUCGUAUAUGGGGGUUUGGCUACCGUACGUCCUGACCCCAUUGAUUGUGGGUGUCGUAUAUAAUCAACCGGAAUUAAUCAAGGUGAUAUUAGAGUAUGGGCAGGACACAGAGGUGGUGCAGCCACUUGGGACGUCGUUUGAAAUGUUUGACGCAACAGCUUUGUUGUGGGCCUUUUGGCAUGGAAGGACCAUCAUUGCUAGGAUGCUGCUAGAUGCGGGAGCUAAUAUCAAAGCACGAGUAACUUCUAAUCGAUCGUGUCUGCACGUAGUCGCAAUCAGCUCAUUUACAGGAGACCGCAUCAAGUCUGAUAUGAUUAGGCUGGGGAAAUAUUAUGGAGCUGAUCUUGAUGAUAGAGAUGCAGAUGGUUGUACGCCUUUACAUCUUGCCAUUAGCAACAAGGCCUUACAGACUGUAGAGACAUUGUUGGAGCUUGGAGCUAGCGUGAAUAUAGCAGAUAAUUCGGGCAAUACUCCAUUGCAUGAAGCAACUAAAGAGAAUGCUGUCAACUUGGUUACUCUCUUGGUUAAUAAGGGUGCUGAUAAAAGUAAAGCGAAUAAAUCGGGAAUGACAGCCUUGCAGAUUGCUGAGAAGGCAGGGUAUCAUAGUCUAGUACGGUUGUUGAAGUAA